GCCGUCUGCUGGGGAGGUGGAUACCCACUCGUGGAUGGUGAUCAGCAGUCCAACUCUUCACUCAUACGUGCGCCAACGAUGCCGACAGUAGCAGAAGAAGAACGUUCUGAAGACACCGUUGCCACCGAAAAGCCCAUAGUCUUGCUGUGGUUCUGGCCUAAUAAUUACAAGUUUGAUUUAACAAAGUGCCCACACUACUUUAAUAUUGAUAGUUGCAUACUGACUGCCAAUAGAUCCCUGUACAGCCAAGCAGAGGGAGUCAUUUUCUUCCAUAAAGCUAUAGACGUCGGUUUGAAAAACAUGCCUCAGGAGCCGCGUCCAAGUUUUCAGAGGUGGAUCUGGCUCAAUGUGGAAUCUCCACGGAACACAUGGAGGAAACCAGGUUUGGAAAACAUAUUCAACUUAACGCUGAACUAUCGACGCGAUUCUGACAUUGUGUUGAGGAAUGAAGUGUCAAUCAGGAACGAAGAGGUAAAUGACUUUGUUCUGCCCAAGAAGGAGAGAGUGGUGUGUUGGAUUGUCAGUAACAACAGCCCAACAACUGGAACUGGAACAAGAGAGAGAUUUUACCAGGAACUGUCCAAACACAUAAAGAUUGACCUCUUUGGUGCUGCAUUUACAGGGCGUCAUUUGAGCUAUGAAGAAUAUUACCCAACAGUUGCAAGUUGUAAGUUUUAUCUUUCCUUUGAAAACUCACUCUACAAAGACUACUUUGUAGAAAAGGUAAAUGGGCCCCUCGUAUCAGGGACGGUCCCUGUUGUUCUGGGUCCACCGAGAGAAAACUACGAGCAGUUCCUUCCCAAUGGCUCCUUCAUUCACGUCAACGAUUUCCCUGAUGCAAAAUCACUGGCAGAGUUUCUGAAGUAUCUGGACAAGGAUAACGACGCGUACAUGGCUCACUUUGAGUGGAGGAAAUACUACAAAGUUUCUCCUCAUUAUCUGACAAUGUACGAUAGAUUCUAUCAUCACGUCUGCGUCACCUGUGACUACAUUUCAAAAUACAAGGAGUACCAUGUUGUUAAUGACCUUUAUGGGUGGUACUUUUCGUGAACAUUACAGUGACAGGGUCAUCAUCUGGUUUUGGUAGUGGCUAUUGACAAUAAAGAAAUGUCUGGUGUGA